AAUAAAUGCAAGCUUCAUCAGUUUCCCCAAGGAACUUGAACAUCUCAACUCACUUUCAACGCAGCUAUGUCCAAUGCUUUAUUUUCUCCCACUAUUCCUCACUUCUUCCAACCCCUCUUACCAGGCUUCCACCUUUCAAUCCCUCUUUCAUUUUUCAAGGACUACUUAAAGGGUCAAAUUAACUGUGAAAGUGCCGUCCUGAGAAGCUAUGGAAGAACAUGGUCAGUGAAGAUUAGAGACCGGAGAUUUGAAGAUGGGUGGCAAGAUUUUGCACGAGACCAUGAUUUACAUGUGGGCGAUUUCUUGGUGUUCAGAUAUGGAGGAAAUAUGGUUUUUGAUGUUGUGGUGUUUGAUACUAGUGCCUGUCAAAGACAAUAUCCACUAUUAGCUACCCAAACCCAACAACCCGCAAAAGAGAUUGGGAAACAACAUGAGAAACGGACAAGCACUUCGGUCACCCUUGAAAGCCCUCAUUUUGUGUCAAAUUUGACCCUUGAAUCCAUGAAAAGCUUCAGACUGAAUAUUCCAAGAAAAUUUGCAAGGUCCAAUGAUCUGGACAGAUCUUGUGAGACGGUUCUUGUUGAUGAACAAGGUCGGUCAUGGAUGGCAAGUAUACGGCUCAAAGAUUCAGACGGUCAAGUCUAUAUUGGACGCGGUUGGAGAAACAUUUGCAUUGGAAAUAGCCUCGGUUUAAAGGAUUGUGUCAAACUUGAGCUCAUUGGAAAUGGAAUUACGCCUAUAUUUAAACUUUAUAAGGUUGCAAGCGACUCAGAUGCCAAAAAGUUGCCUAAUUGUUCUGGUUCCAACGCUGUUGUUCAGGAGGAUCAACCAGAAUUUUAGAAUGAAUAGCAAUUAUGUGAUAAACAGUGAAUCCUAAGCAGACAGGCAAAGUAAAAUGUUGUUUUGUCUUAUAUCUUGCACUGUGCCAUGAAAGUGAAAUUAACA